UAAUCCUUGGCGUUAUCCCCUACCCUGCAUCUUGCAUCUUGUCUGAGUAAUUUUGACGGCGAUUAUGUACAACGUAAGAAAGAAUCUACCUCUUAUUAGUAUUUCUGUAUUGUGUAGUUUUUUUUUUUUUUUUUAUUUUUUUUAUUUUUUUUUUUUUUCUUUACUUUUCCUAGUAAGCCAUAUGUGUCAAAAUGAAUGAACAAUCAAUGCAAAUCCUGUUCGAACGUUUUGGUACAUGAUAUGGCAUAAAUGGCGUCUGACUCACUAGCAUUCACUGUUGUCUCUAAGGUCAGACAUAAAAGUAGCUAACAACUUGGGCAUCUUUCAGCUCACAAUAAGAAUAAAAAAAAAAGCCUUUCUUUUUAUUUACUAAACAAUCAACUCCCGAUGCUCGCAUUCUGUGAUAACUUGACUGUGCAGAGAGCGCUGCUGUCAGAUAUAUGGUCAUGUGACCUGCAGCAGUAGCGAUUCUGCAGCUUGACACGAAUCAGAGCCCCUGUAAUCGCGGCGAGCGGUUUGCGCCCACUUGGAGUCCCCUCUGUAUGGGGCCGAGCGAUAGCUUCAAGUAACGAAUGACCUACAUUGAACACCUGGCCAUGAACGACACGCCGCGGUAGAAACAAGCACCGUAUUCGCCAUGGAUGAUCUCUCGGGCCUCGAUUGGAGCGCAAACGCCGCCGGCAACAAGCCCAAGCCCAUGGCCGCCAACCCCUCGUAUCCUCCGUAUCGAUCGUCGCCGUCUCCCUUUGGCACAGGGCAAAGCACGCCGCUGCCCCAGCAGCCAAACAACUCGGUUCCUAAAGCGGCGCCGGCAAAGGCUGCGCAAGACAGCUUCAGCAAUCUGGCUUUUGGCCUGCCCAAAGCUACGCAGAAAUUGUCCCUAGCCGAAAGACAGGCGCAGCUGGAAGCCGAGAAACGAAAGAAGGAAGAAGAGCGACGGAAGUUGGCAGAGGCGCAGUUUGGAAAUGGACAACACUGGGAUGCGCUGGGAUCUCGAGGCUUCACUCCUAGUCCUGCGCCUCAGCAGCAACAGCAAAAGCCUGCGCCUGCCAAGAGCUCAGCCAAGGACGACGAUGACGACCUCUUUGCCGCAUUCAACAGAGAUACAAAGGUGGACAAUGCCAGCCAUUAUCCUCCACCCGCACCAAGUAAAGACAGACUGGACUUGACAGACUCCUCAGCAUGGGGCUCAACAACGGCAUCUAAUGGCAACGGGGCUUUUGGAGGAGUUGAUGAUGACGAUCCUUUCGGAUUGCACGAGAUGAAGCCUGCUGCUUCAGCUUCAGCUGGCCGGGGCACUUCCUCUGGCGCAGAUGAUUUUGACUUUCUGGGAGACCUCGGGAAGCCUGUAGAUGAAGUUAAAAGGGAACAACAGGCAAAACAAGAAGCAUUGAGAAGCGAGCCAGGAAAACCCAUUGAAGAUGACUCGAGCUCUUCCGAUGACGACGACGAACCUAUCGAACGAAACGUUGAGCGAGUGCCUAGGGUGAACAAGGAUCCCUUUGACAAAGCUGUUGCGCAACUUGUCGAUUAUGGAUUUAGCCCCGAGCAGGCCAGACGAGGGCUUGUGGAGAGCGGAACGGGAUUCAAUGCGCAAGCAGCGGCUAACUGGCUCUUGGACGAGGCUCAUAGGAAAUCAAAAGAGGCAUCACAAGGUCGGGGCUCUCAAGGGCGAAAUUCCCCCGCAUCGGGAAGCCAGAAUCAGCGAAGUGAUAGUCGAUCACCUGCAAGGGGAGAGGUUGACUUUGCAAAGACGGCGGCUGCUAUGGGAAACACACUAUUCAAGUCUGCCAAUACUCUAUGGAAGACUGGACAAAAGAAGAUGCAACAAGCGGUGGCGGAAUUCCAGCAAGAAGGACAAGGAGACCCAAGCCAGCUGAAAUGGAUGCGCGAUGCUCAGCAGGCACAAGCACGGCCGAGACCUCCCCAAGGUAGCUCCAGCGCAACGGAUGAGGCGCUCAUGCUUGAGACUGGUAGUAGACCACCACCUGCCAGGAGCAGCAGCAGCAGUCGCCCUGCCGUGGACCCAAGAGCUGGGCCUCAGAUUUCACGAGGAUCAUCACCUGCCCUAUCUUCGGGAACUCCAAGCCGAAAUAGCCCCGUUCCACGAUGGCAGCAGCAGACAGCGCCGCCGCCCAUGGUGUCGGAUGCAAGAUCAAGGCUGAACAGACUUGCAGCGGACGAUGACGACAGCUUCUCUAGCUAUGUAAGUGCUAGUAGGAGAAAGAAGGCAAGCCCAGCGCCAGAGCCUAAGAAAUCUGAGCCUGAGCCGGAUCUACUCUUCGGCUCGCAGGCGUCAAGACCAACGCAGCGAACUCCCUCUCCAGCAGUCCAGCGAUCAAUGCCAACAACCUCAAGUCAGCCUCGGCCAGCACCAGCGGCCGCACCUCCGCGCAAGGUCACACCUCGGCCUGCUCGACAAAUUCCUCCCAUUAGCCCUGCAGCACUGCAGGCAUCGACAACGCAUAGGCUACAGGGAACUACGCAUUUCAAACGAGGCGACUAUGCCGCAGCGCAUGCGUCUUACUCAUCAUCUCUGUCCUCUGUUCCUACAACGCAUCCUCUGAUGAUUAUCUUACUCACAAACCGUGCAUUAACUGCUCUGAAGACCGGAGAGCCUAAACAGGCAGUGACUGAUGCAGACGAAGCGCUCAAAAUCAUUGGGCCCGGGAACGGCCAAGGAGAGACAGUAGCCGUAAAGAAUGAGGCUGGGCAAGAAGAGAACCGUGACAUGAAAGAGCUCUAUGGCAAGGCGCUAAGCAGGAAAGCAGAGGCGCUGGAGCAGAUGGAGAGAUGGGCGGACGCAGGCACGGUCUGGAAGCAAUGCGUUGAGGCUGGUGUUGGCGGACCCACGGCUGUCAAGGGCCGUCAGCGAUGCCAGGACGCCCUUGCUCCCAAGCCCAAGCCUGUUCCAAGGCCAGCAGCAAAGCCUCGACCACAACCCUCUGCGGCUAGUCGAGCACCUCAGAAAGAUUCAGAGGCAGUCACACGGCUGCGUGAAGCUAACCAGGCUGCUGCCAAAGAGGAUGACGAGAAAUUUGCCCUAGCAGACAAGGUCGACGCCAAGGUAUCCGCAUGGAGAGACGGGAAGAGAGAGAAUCUUCGGGCUCUACUGGCCAGUAUGGAUGCAGUGCUCUGGGAGAAUAGUGGUUGGAAGAAGGUUGGGCUGCAUGAGCUGGUCAUGGCGAACAAGGUGAAGAUUUCGUACAUGAAGGCGAUUGCAAAGACCCACCCUGACAAGCUUCCGCAAGACGCAAGUACUGAGGUGAGACUCAUUGCUGGGUUGGUGUUUAGCACCCUGAAUGAGAGCUGGGACAAGUUUAAAGCAGACAAUGGGCUAUGA